AUGAGCUCAACUGUGCUCUACAAUCCAAUCAAUCCCUCAAUAGCAGUGUCAUCACGAGCCCCUUUCCCGUUUCUCAUUUCUAAAGAUUUUUCAGCAGAAAUCUGCCGUUCUCUGAACCAGAAAUCAUUCCUCAGGAAGCAAGAAGAUGGGGUUUUAAAGAAACUGAGUAGAGUGAGAGCCAGUGUAGCUGAAGUUCCAAAAGCUGAGGCAUCUGAAACUGGUGGAAGCUCAAGCCCGCAAGAAAAGAAGCUGAGGAUUCUGGUGGCGGGUGGUGGGAUUGGGGGGCUGGUUUUCGCGUUGGCGGCGAAGAGGAAGGGGUUUGAGGUGUUGGUUUUUGAGAAGGACUUGAGUGCCAUCAGAGGGGAGGGACAGUAUAGGGGUCCAAUUCAAAUACAGAGUAAUGCUUUGGCUGCUUUGGAGGCGAUUGAUAUGGGUGUUGCUGAAGAGGUUAUGAGUGCUGGAUGCAUCACCGGUGAUCGGAUUAAUGGCUUGGUUGAUGGAAUUUCUGGUACUUGGUACGUCAAGUUUGAUACAUUCACUCCUGCAGCAGAGCGGGGACUUCCAGUCACUAGAGUCAUUAGCCGCAUGACUUUACAGCAAAUCCUUGCUCAUGCAGUUGGAUCAGAGAUCAUUAUGAAUGAAAGCAAUGUAGUGGACUUUGACGAUGAUGGUGAAAAGGUAACUGUGAAACUUGAAAAUGGAGAGUGUUAUGAAGGUGAUCUUCUCGUUGGAGCUGAUGGGAUAUGGUCAAAGGUAAGGAAAAACUUGUUUGGGCAAACAGAAGCUAUAUACUCUGGCUACACUUGUUAGACAGUAGGGUACCGUGUGUUCUUGGGCCACAAACAAUACUUCGUUUCCUCAGAUGUGGGUGGAGGAAAGAUGCAAUGGUAUGCAUUUCACAAUGAAGCGCCUGGUGGUGUAGAUGUACCCAACGGUAAAAAGGAGCGGUUACUUAAAUUAUUUGAAGGUUGGUGCGAUAAUGUUAGUGAUCUGUUGCUUGCCACUGAAGAAGAUGCAAUUCUUCGGCGUGACAUAUACGACCGAACGCCAACCUUAUCAUGGGGAAAGGGUCGAGUGACACUGCUUGGUGAUUCAGUCCAUGCGAUGCAACCAAACUUGGGGCAAGGGGGAUGCAUGGCCAUUGAGGAUGGAUAUCAACUAGCACUGGAGCUUGAUAAAGCCUGGAGGCAAAGUGUCGAGUCAGGCAACCCAAUUGAUGUAGUAUCUUCUUUAAAGAGAUACGAGAAUGCUCGAAAACUACGCGUUGCAAUUAUUCACGGACUAGCAAGAAUGGCCGCAAUAAUGGCAUCAACUUACAAGGCAUAUCUCGGUGUUGGACUAGGUCCAUUGUCGUUCCUUACAAAGUUUAGAAUACCGCAUCCGGGAAGAGUUGGAGGGAGGUUAUUUAUUGACAUCGGUAUGCCUUUGAUGUUAAGUUGGGUUCUUGGCGGUAACGGUUCAGAACUCGAAGGAAGAGUGCAGCACUGCAGACUUUCUGACAAAGCCAAUGACCAGUUGAGAAGAUGGUUUACAGACGACGAGGCUCUAGAACGAGCUCUUGAUGCAGAUUGGUUUCUGUUUCCAAUUGGGGAUUCAACCGCAGCAUCUGAAACUAUAUUCCUAAGUCGAGACGAGAAGAACCCUUACGUAGUUGGGAGUGUAUCACACGCAAAUUUCGCCGGAGUGUCAAUAGUGAUACCUUCACCUCAGGUUUCUGAAAUGCAUGCUCGGAUUAGUUACAAAGACGGAGCCUUCUUCGUGACCGACUUAAAGAGCGAGCAUGGCACCUGGAUCACAGAUAAUGAAGGCAGGCGGUAUCGUGUGUCCCCCAACUUCCCUACUCGUUUCCGUCCCACCGAUGUAAUCGAGUUUGGGUCGGAUAAGAAGGCAUCAUUUCGUGUAAAGGCAAUGAAACUUUCACCCAAGAAGACGGACAAGAAGGACGAAGACGAAGUUCUGCAGGCUGUAUAGUCAGGACAAAUACAUGAAAUGGCUAAUUCUUCCUUGUACUAAUGUGGGGAGAUGGUCAUAGAAAUACGUUCAUACAGAUGGAAUCAUGUAAACUACUGUAAUAUCAAUGAUAUUGCUUUGUGAUUGUUACUCUUACCA